CGUGUCUCAUAAAACCAAUCGCUAUUGAUAACGCGGGUACAGUUAAUCAGUGUAUACAGUUAAUCAGCGUAUAAGCUCCAUGUCUUCGUUGGUGGGGUGGUCAUUCGUAUAAAAAGAUGUCAUCUAAACCACUUGCAGGAAAAAUUUGUGUCGUCACCGGGGCCACAAGGGGAAUAGGUAAAGGGAUAGCACUUCAAUUGGCUGACAAAGGAGCAAAAGUGUACAUAACCGGGCGAACUCUAGAUCCACCAAAAGGUUCAAAAGUUGGAGGAUGUUUACGCGAUACAGCACAAGAAGUCGAGAGACGCGGUGGAAUUUGUGUCCCAGUACAUUGCGACCAUUCAAAAGACCUGGACAUCGAAAGGCUGUUUGAACAAGUUAAACGCGAAAAUGAGGGACAGUUGGAUAUAUUGGUAAAUAACGCGUAUUCGGCUGUUAAUGCAAUUUUCAGCUCCUUGAAUGUGAAAUUUUGGGAACAGUCGCCAACUAUGUGGGAUGAAAUAAAUAAUGUUGGACUAAGGAAUCAUUAUAUUUGUUCUGUUUAUGCUGCAAGAAUGAUGGUUCCCAGGAAACAAGGACUUAUAGUAAACGUAUCGUCCGCAGGCGGUCUUAGAUAUCUGUUUAAUGCCGCUUAUGGUAUCGGAAAAGAAGCUUGUGACAGAAUGGCAGCAGAUUGUGGAUAUGAGUUGAGAAAGCACAAUGUAGCAUUUGUAAGUUUGUGGCCUGGUGCUGUUGGUACGGAAAAUGUUUUAACAAAACUACAGGAUAAUUUGAGUAACCCUGACUUUGAAGUGGAUAAAAAUUUACCAAAAGCGUUGCAACAACCUGAAAAAAUGUUAGAAUACUUUGAAAAGGCCGAAACAACCGAAUUCGCUGGGCAGUGUAUAGCUGCGAUGGCAACCGACGCUGAAUUGAUGAAAAUGAGCGGGAAAAUCGUACAGACGUGUGAUUUGGCGCGAAGGUAUGGACUACAAGAUGCUGAAGGACACGGACCUUUGGAUUACCGACAAAUUAACGUUAUUUUGAGACAGUUCGGACACCCUUGGCUAGCAAAUUGUAUUCCCGACUUUGUUCGUAUACCAAAGUGGAUUGUCGCUUUAGUUGGAAACAAGCUAUUUUAAGUUGUUAUUUUGAAGAGAUAGUGUGUGGAUGAUAAUGAAGUAACCGUGUUUUGUAAAAUAUGUACAUUGUAUCUUACAGAAUGCAUAUAAACUUAGGUAAAUGAAACAAAUGAAGAGAAAACUGAUUUAAAAAGAGUGCAAUAUCUCCAAAGUCAAUGUUAUUUUUAAUUAUUCAUUGUUGGUGUAUAAUUUUUUUUGUAUUGACAUUUAGGUAUAAGCAGGAACCUUUAGCUAGUCAUAUUCCUGAUAAUUUGUUUAUGUAGUAGUUGUGGCCGGAGCGUCUCUCAAUGAGGCGAUGCUUAGCUGAGCUUCUCAGACAGUUCUGGAGAUUGUUUACUCUUUUUGGUAUUUCUCUUCCACAUUAAUGCAUGAAUGUUACUUUUUUUGGAUAUCUGAUUUGCAGUUCCAUAGUUUUUUUUCUUGUUUCUUUUUUACACAAGUUACAAGUUUAUAGUGGCAGUAUUAGUGGCAGUCUUCGCUAUUUCUGUCUAUAUCCGUUCUGACCAUCAACCGACUUUGUUAAAAUGCGACAACUUCUUCUCAUGAAUAUGAAAAGAAAAUGGAUAUGUUUGAUAGAAAAAAAUCUAUUCCAGCUGAAUGUGAAUAGUCAGACUUCUUACAAUUUCAAUUUUUAGACUUUUUACCACUUUCAUUUGUUAAUAAGAAAAUCAUUGCAAAAUAUAAUUU